CGGACACAACAGCGUCUGGCCGCAAUCGGCUUUGUUGUUCAAAAUGGCGUUUACAGACGACUUGCUGUUAAGAGUGUAGCGAAUAUAUUUUCACUCAGUUUCCAAGAUUUAACCCCGUGAGGUUCUUGGCUGAGUAGAGCCUUUGAUCCAAUGAUGUUAGUGACAGAUAUGGCAGGUCCUGGACUUUGGGUGUUGUGAUAAAAAGAGCACCUACCACUAUGGCAGAUUCUUCACCACCAUUUCAAGAUGGAGGAGAAUUGGGACAAACCAAGUGCAAAUUACCAGAUCCAUUGGCAUCUUGUCAUGAAGACUCUUCAGACCAAGGGCCAGCACUACUUGAAGAUCUACAGGAACGAGGACCAAUGCCCUCGAAAAGCCUUUCAGAGCAAGGACCAAUGCUCUCGGAAGACCUUUCAGAGCAAUGGGAACAAGCACUGUCUAAUAAUGCACUUAAACGUGAUCUUACACUGCCGCUUCAGACACCAAUUAUAAGCGCUGUCCCAUCCAUUUCACCGCAGUUGCGACCUGAUCACUUGGUACCGCUUGAUAUUUCUAGCAGUCAGCCAUCUGAGGUAGCCUCACGUGAUUCAGAAACUAAAUCAGCUGUAAAUGAAGAUGCACAAAUUAAUACUUUAGUUUCUCUGCAACAGGCAUUGGAAGAGGUUUCAGAACCUCUUGAGCUGGAGCCAUCUUUGACUUCAGUUUCCUCAGUUAAAAUAGGUAUUAGUGAAUUUAACAAGACAAAUCCAUUUUCUCUGCCUGAAACAUCAGCAAAAGUGCCAGAUAAAUCUUCAUCCUCAACAGAGAAGUCAAUAGUUAUAGCUGAAGCCAUGACUGAGAUGUUGGCAGAUUCUGUUGCAUUCCCAGCUAAAAAAGAAGGAACUGUUGGUACUGCUUUACCUGAAAAACAAGGUGAACUUGCAGGUAGUGAAUUUACAACAUUUUCUGCAGCUAUAGCUGCAGGCGAGAAAUGUUCAUCGGUGGUUUCAGCCCUAACUGAAAAGUCACCGGAUGAAACUGAAGAAUUAACUGAAACUUAUGAAAAAUUGCUCUCGGAUAUUUCAUUACAAUCGGAAAAAAUACUACCUGAUGACAUAGACCCAUUGCAAAAAUGCUCUGUAGUUGAUGUGAUGCCAUCUAAGCCAUGUCUCACGUUGGAUACUGUUGAAGAACCUCAUUUGUUAAAAUUCUCCUCUCCAUCUGAAGGUGAACUGGAAUCGCCUUUAGAUACAAGGGAGGAGCCAGCAUCACUGCCCAUUGUAUUGUUUGACCAUCCAUCACCACUGCCUUCUGUUUCAACAGAUGUGAUAUUCCCUCUUCCUUCAACCAAAAAUUCAUCUUCGUCUGUUAUUACUGUUGACACCAAGUUACCAUACUCAUCAAAACAGUCCUCAGAAACUCAUAUUAGUACCCCUCUAAUGCCUUCCCUGAAGGAAAAGGCUGAAUUGACUCAAAUUGGUUCAGAGUCCAGUGGCAGUCAGGAUGUCCAGGAGUGCUUCAAUAUUAGAAGCAAAAAACAGGAUUACGUGUGUGGCACAGAAGAAGGUUGUGAACUAAAUUUACAAGCAGAUACAUGUAUCAGCUUGGAUGAAAAGCUUGAAAGUGAAGGAGCUUCAUGUGUGAACAGAAUUUUAGAUGAUUCCUCAGUUGUAAAUAGUGAACAAGAAAUGCAAGUUGAUGAAUCGGGCGAAUGUUGGAAUGAUGUGGACUCUUCUCGAGAAGAAUCAGCCAUGGAGACAAUGCCCUUAAUAGUUGAUACACACACUUUAAGCCAAGAUGAUGAUGAACAUUCAACUGUCAUUUCAAAUAAUGCAGUUAGUAGUCAUUUAAUAUCUUCGUCAGUAUUAUCUUCACCGCAGUCAAAUGUUUCAAAUGUGUGUACCAUGCCAUUACUGGGAACAGAACCUCUCCAGCCAGUUACAAUUGGCAGUAGCUUACAACCUUUAGAAGAAGUUCAAGAAGCCUCUGUGCUGGAUGAUCCGUCCUUUGCUGCUGAUCUGACCUUAAUAGACAGCAGUGCAGAUGAAGCAGACAGUAUAGGGGGUUUGGUGAUUAACAGUGUAAUUGGUGCAGCUGAUGGUGUAGUUGAUUUUCAUCCUGAUGAGGAAAUGGAAACAGACAGAGAGUUGACUGACAUUAGUGCUUCUGCACCACAAAUAGUGGAAGAUGUUUGUGAUAAUGAUUCUAAUGAUGAUAAUGGACCUAGUGCCAAGAGGAUGAGAUUUGAAAAUGGAGUUAGUGAUUUGGAUAAUAAAGCGCAGGGUACAAAGAAAGUUAUUAUUAGAGUUACACCAGUGAAGAAUGGACAUGGUCUUUGGGAUUCUCAUAAACUACAAGAAGUAUUGCUAGCAAAGGGUACUAUAUUGUUAAGACUUCAUGCGUCAACGGAUGUUUUAGAAAUGUUUGAAACCGAUAAGGAUGAGAAAGAAGUUGAUUUUACGGGCAUAAUGGCUGAUUCCAAAGAUGAAGAACAUGACCACAUUCUUGGCCUUGCAAACCUGGAACCUGAUGCUGAUGUGUAUGAUCCUCUUGCAAUAGUUUCUACACAUUCUGUUGAUCAUGCCUCGCCACCACAUUAUAGUCGACCCUUCCCCCACAACCGAGGUCGUUCUACUGCACUCCAGCCGGCCAUGUCAAGGCCAGGAUUCAGACACCUACAAUCUCCUCCUCAUCCACACUACUAUAUGAAGCAUGAAGUGUUGGGACUCCCCCCACCCCUCGAGUUUGAAGAACCGCAGCUAGGAACAACAGACUGGUCAGGGAAGGAAUACUACGCUGGACUACUGCUUCAGAGGAAGGCUCCCACACCCUCCCAAUACCCUGCCAUGCCCCCAGCACCACCACCACCACCCAGGGGACGCAAGAGGGGACGCCCUCCCUUGUCCAGUCGAAGGGGAUUCCCUCCCAACACUCCAAGAGGCAGCCCCUCUAAGGCCCGGUCACAAGGAAAGCGUCAUCCUGAGCCCAUCAAGUUCCGGCCCCCUACACCGCCCCAUCAUCUUUUCCUUUCCUCUCUCUUCAGACUGAGCAAGUCUGUCAAUUUUAUAAAAAAUGAUAUAAAGAAAACUGCCAAAAUUGGCGGAGAUUCAUUGAGGCGGGAUGUUUUCUCUCCUGUUGAUGGAAAGAAAGGGGCAAUUUCAGGUAAAUACAAUGAGAGGGCUUGGGAGGAGGAUGACAUCAUUGUUACUGAAUCUCAACCACACAUCAUAAAACAUGAAAGUGAUGAUGAGUAUAUUCCAAACCCUGAUACUUCUCUAAAAAGGUUUCUGAUUAAAUUACCCUGUGAUUUUUGUAACCUUGUUUUUAGGAAAAGAUCAUCACUCCUAGCUCAUUUAAAACAUAAACACAGAGGCAUGCAGCAGUGUCCCAUUUGUAAGGAGAAAAUCAAAGUGAAAAGCAAGUAUGGCAUGAGGUUCCACAUUCUUAAGAAUCACAGAGAUCAGCCUCAUAUUCAGUGUAAAAAGUGUGGGGAAUCCUUUAAGCUACAACAUCACUUGACAAAUCAUGAGCGGCUGAAACACGAACUGAUGGAGAGUGACGAUGAUAGUGAGGAGAAGAGAAAAGUUGUAGCGCUUGAAAAGGAAAUAGCACAAGAGAAAGAGGCCAUUGCGAGGGAAGAACAAGAGAGAAAGGAAAGAGAGAAAAUGGAAGGAGAGAAAAAAGAGAGAGAAGAAAAGGAGAAAAGAGAGAGGGAGAAGAGAGAGAGGGAGAAAAAGGAGAGAGAAAAGAAAGAGAAGGAGAAAAUGGAACAAGAAAGGGAAAGAGAAAAAAUAGAAAAGGAAAAGCGAGAAAAAGAAAUGAAGGAGAGAGAGAGGAAAGCAAAGGAAGAAGAACAGAGAAGGAAAAAAAAUGAACAGGAGAAACGAAAGGGAGAGCAAAAGAAAUCUAGUAAAGAUGACAACGACCAUAAAGAGUUAAUGGAUAAAGGGGCAAGUGUGAAUGGAAAAGGGAAAGCAAAAUGUGCACAGAGUGUUGCUUCAUUCCCUAAAGGUGGAAAUGUUAAGAAUGUCAAGAAUCUACCCCAUGGUAAAGUGAUGAAUGUGAGACCUCCAAGUAAGGCAGCAGUGUCCAAGGCAGUCACAUACCCACCUAGACCGCCGACAAGAGUCACACGAAGUAAACCCCAAGUAAAAUUGGCAGACAGUGAAGAGGAGACAAAAAGUGAAAGUGAAUCGGAGGAAGAGGAGGGUGAUGAUGACGAUGAUGAUGAUGAUGACACCGACAACGACGACGAGAGCACUACAUCAUCAUCAGUAUCAGAAGUUGAGGAAGAGAAACAGUUUUCCUGUGAUAUUUGUAAUAUGAGCUUUAGUCAUUUGGUCAAGCUCAAACACCAUCAGAAAAAUGAACACUCCAGAGCCACACGAUCUCAAGUGGCAGCUAAAGCUCAGGAGACUAAAGAAGAGGAAGAUGAAGAGGAUGAGGAAGAUGAAGAAGAGGAGGAUGAGGAGGAGGAGGAGGAGGAGGAGGAUGAGGAGGAGGAGGAACUGAGGAAAGAAAGGGAAAGGAAGGAGAGAGAAAGAAAGAAGAAGGAAGAAUCUCUCACCUGCAGAGUUUGUAGUAAAGUGUGUCGUAGUGAGUACCAGCUAAAUCUUCACAUGCCAGCACAUACUACCACAAGAAAAGGGCAGGUGGUGAAAAAACCAAUACCAAGCAAGACAACAAGCAGUGCAGAAGAGAAGGAAGAAAAUAAAUCGCACACACCUUCAGACAAAGCAAACAGUGAGACUGUCAGAAUUUUAAGAAGCACACCACAAGGUACUGGCAAAUUAACUACUUCAGACACCCAUGAAAAAAAUAAGGAUCAUUUAUCAAGAAGUAAGGGAACAGGUGGAGAGAAUUUGGAGAAAAGUAAGGAUCACCUAACAAAGGGAAAAGGAACAGGCAAUGAGAAUCUUGAAAAAAAUAAAGAUCAACUACCAAGAGGAAAAGGAACAGGUGGAGCAAAUUUUGAAAAAAAUAAGGAUCACCUAGCAAGAGGGAAAGGAUCAGGUAGUGAAAAUCAUGACAAAAAUAAAGAUCACUUAACAAGGGCAAAAGGAACAGGUGGGGAGAAUAUAGAGAAAAAUAAAGAUCAUGUAACAAGAGGCAAACCAGACCCACACAAAAAGGGAGCAGCAGGAACAGCAGUAACCAAAGAAAAGCAAGUUCCAGUCUCGAAGGAAAAAUACGAACCUCCAAAUAAAGAUAAAGGUGAAAAAAAUGAACGGCCGUCAUUCCUGUUGAAAGUUGGCUCUUUAUUUAGGUGUACAAAGUGCAAUAUUACUUUCAAUAGAGAGAAAUCCAUGACCUAUCAUAUGAAGAAGAUUCAUGAAACACUUUACCCAUUCAGAGGUUGUGAACAUUGUGGCAAGAUAUUUCGAAGCUGUGGACCUUACAAUAGACAUGUUAUCAUUCAUAAGGUUCAUCGUUGUCCAGAAUCAAACUGCAAGGCCAAAUAUCGUAAAAUGCUUAGGUUGAAACAGCAUCAAAAGAAUGCACAUCCGAAUAAACCAUACCGAUGCCCGCGCUGUGUGUCAAUCUUUGCCAAAAGAUCUGAACUCGAGAAGCACCAAGCUGCAAAACACCCAAAGGUGCCCAGUGAGGAUGAAGAUGAAGGUUCUGAAGAGGAAGACGAGGAGGGAGAGGAGGAGGAGGAGGAAGAGGAGGAAGAAGUGAUGGAGGAGGAAGAGGAAGAUGAGGAUAAAGAUGAACCAAGAAAUGAAGAUAAGAGUGAAGAUGAAAAGAAAAAAAAUGAAGAGCAGGACAAUGAAUCUGAUGAUGAUGACAGUGAAGAAGCAAGUAUUGUGUUUAGAAGAAGGGCUCGGUGUGUGCCAAUAUCUUACAAAGAGCCAGAAGAUGAAGAAGACUUGAUUCCCUUGAAAAAGGGCCCAGAUAAAAGAAAAUAUUUGGAUAGCAAUAGUUCAGAAAAGAGAAUCGUUAAUGAUAAAAGAAGCAUUGGUGAAAAGAAUGUUAGUGAUGAAAAAAAUUCUGAAGCUGAAAAAAGAAAAAGAUUGAAUAAUACAGUUGAAGAAAUUGAAGUAAAAAUUGUUAAAGUUGAGGAACAAAAGAUAGAGAAAAUUGAGAAAGACAAGGUUAAUGAUAGUGCUUCUCUGUCGGAUGCUACGUCAACUGAAGAAGAUGCUUCAGCAGUUGAACCAUCAGCUCAAGAUAUGAAGCAAGGGAAAAAAACACCCAAAAAACUCCCAUCGCCAAGUAACAAAAAAGUCAAUCUCAGUUGGACUGCAGCAUUGAAAGCUCAGAUACAAGCUUCCAAAUCAGGACCCAAAAAUACAUCAAAACAAAAGAAAGGAAAGAAUAAUUCUGCUAAAGUGAGACGAAAACUCAGCACUGGGUCCGGUGGACAGAAUCCAGCUCAGGGCUCAGAAUUAUUGUAUGGACAGGCUGGCAUGCCCCAGGAUUCUCUGCCAUAUCCUGGUUACUUGGUUGGAGAGGAUUCAAUGUUUAGCUUAGAUGAUAGUUCGCAAAUGGACAUAAUGGGUGACUAUUAUGGUGCACAGUACCCUCCCAGUGAAGAGAUAAGUGACUUUGUACCUGAUGAUGAUGAAAGUGGACCUGCAAAAAUAAUAGGUUUUGAUUCAUUUUAAGUGGGAUUUGUAUAGUUCUUUGAUCAGAUGAUACCUCAUGACAUUAGUGAAGAGACUUGUAUAGUGCAAUAUUAAUUCUUGUAUAUAAACUUUAGGUAGGAUAUCUGUAAUCAUUUGUGUAAUGUAUUAAAAGAACUUCUUCCCGUGAAAUGAACACUUUUCCCGUGAAAUGAAAAUUUUUCCCGUGAAAAGAACACUCCAGAACAUGCCAAGUCGUGAAUGGGUUUGUAUUUUUUUUAAGAUGUAUAUGUAAAUAUUUUUGAAAUGCUUUUGACAAAAAUAAUUUUGGUAUGUAUAAUAUAUAAUGUAUUUAAAUAUUUGAAUGAAAUUUAGAAAUUUCAGUUGAUUUUUUCUGGAUUCUUUUAAGGAAUUAUUUAUAUUUGUAAUGUACCGGUACUUCUUAUCUCUACAUAAAAUAAAUGUCUUCAAAAUUUUGAUAAA